AUGGUUGCCGGAAAGAAAGCCCCAGCUCCUAAAGCUGCUAAAGACGUGAAGGGAGCCGCCAAGACCCCUGCUCCAGCUGCCAAGUCAGCUCCCAAACCAACUCCCGUUGAGGUCAAGGCCCCAGCCCCUAAACCAGCUGCCCCCAAGCCUGCCGCGGCCCCCAAGCCUGCCGCUGCCCCAAAGGCUGUCGCCCCUAAGGCCAUCCAGAAGCCAAAGGUCCAGAAGAAGAAGACCGGUGGAAAGAAGAAGAAGCAGGUCGUCAAGUACGUCAUUGAGUGCAAGAACCCCGUAGAAGAUGGUAUCCUAAAGACUGCUGCCUUUGUAAGUGCCUCCUUCUUAUCUCGUUAUUAGGGUUGAGAGACCUACCUACCUCCAAAUGGGUUUAGAGAUACCUUCUCUAAUAAAUCCCGUUUGAUUUUAGGAAGAGUUCUUGAAGGACCGUGUAAAGGUAAAUGGAAAGACCGGACAAUUGGCCCAGAACGGUGUUUCCAUCACCUCGACCAAGACUGCCGUCACAUUGACUUCUGAUGGGGAUUUCUCGAAGAGGUAUCUGAAGUAUCUUUCUAAGAAGUACCUGAAGAAGAACUCUCUUCGAGAUUGGCUCCGUGUUGUUGCUUCAAGCAAAGACACCUAUGAACUCCGAUACUUCCAGAUCAACCAAGAUGAGGAAUUGGAAGGUGAUGAGUAA